UGAAAACAUAAGCUUUCCCUGUGAUGGAGUCUUCGAUAUGAUUCAGAGGAAGCUUCGUCUAAGAGGCUACACAGGCUUACUCGACCUUCAUGUGUUUGUUGGUUAUAGCGACAGUCCUGUGCCACAGAAUGAAGAUCCAGAUCCAUUGACUGAGGGAAGCUUCCACAUCCAUCGCCAGUUUGAUUACCCUAAACCUCCUGAUACAAAAUGUGAUCAAGCUGCUGAUGAGUGUCUUAAAAGGUUUAUUGAUGAAUUACCUGUGGAUAGACCUCCAGAGAACAUGCUCAUCAUUAGCAAUGACCAUGGCUUCAGGCCUUGGCUUGAUAGAUUGAGAGCUAGAGGAGACAUUGUACUUGUAGCUCAUACUCAAACAUCUGAAAUUAUCAGAGGUGGAGCACACAUGGAGUGGAACUGGAAAAUGAAGUUUAUUCCUUUUCACAGUGUUCUUUAUGAAGCAAACCAAGAAGAUGAAGAUGAAGAUGAAGAUGGCCAAGAAGAAGAAGAAGGACAACCUGGCCAAGAAGAAUAAGAAGGAGAAGAUGAGUAAGCGUAGGAACAUCUUUGUAUCUCUGUUAUUUUGGAACAUUGUCUUUUAGUUCUAAAUGAUCCUUGUUUAUGACAGACAGUUAAGUCGUAGAUAAUAGGAGGCUAAAAGAUGGUUUUUGCUAGUUGUCGUCAAGAACAAAUACUAAUGGAAUCAUUUUUAAAAUUUACAGAACAAAA